AUGGCUGAUCAAUGUCUUGGAUCAAUGAUUGAUUCAACUCGAAACCUCUCGUUCGAUUCAACCACCCUUCUAACAACAUCAGCAAUUAAUGCUUUACAUUUUCCUGGUCUUUCAACUUCCGGAAUAUCGGAUUCGGGUGGCAAUCGACGAACAAGUCUCCUUCUAGAUGGGAUCGGAAUGUGUGAAUCGAUGACAGAAAGUAUUUGCUCUAACGGUGGCCAAGAUGAUUCAUUGAUGAUGAACAAUGUCAAGCUCGAACGAAAAGACUCAACUGCACAAAGAAAACGUCGUUCAAGAAAGUCAUUAUUCGAUGGAUCAAUCGAUGGUCCAUCACUCGACAAAAUUGAAGCUGUAACACUGAUUGACGAACAAAAUGAGCCCGACGAUCUUUGGUUAUGUGAAGUGCCAAAACAGGGACAGAAAGAAGAUCAGUCAAUGGAUAAUAUAUUUUCAUGGGUACACAAAGAAUUCAAAGCAAAUGAUAUCAAUGCAAGUAAACAUCGACUUCUUUGUAAACUUGAUGACAUGUCACAUGCACGAACUAUACGAAGUGUUUCAUGUCAUAACUUUGCUGACAAUCAACGAUUGGACAAUCUGAAAAAGAACUCCGCUGAUCAACAAGUUCACUCAGAAACCGUGAAAAAUGGUCGAUUGAGUUCACCAUUACGUACACUAACUGCCAAUAUUCGAUCGACCACGCCUUCGAAUCUAUCUCCACUACGGUCGACGAUUGCAGCUAUAAAUAUUAGUGAAAGCAAUACGAAUGCCAGUUCAGAUCUUGUUAAAUCAAGAGACGUUUCAAGAGAACGUGAAAAAACACCGCCCAUGGACUAUACUGAUCUCGAAGUCAUGGCAAAACUCCAACUAGAAAAUUUACGUCAAGCUGAAAAACAAGGCCCAUUAUCGAAACGUUUUGGUAUGUGUCCAUUCAGGAUUUUGUCUUAUUGA